UGGGAAAUGGACACACAAAUUUAAUUCAUCACUGAUGAUUAUCGCUGAUGGUUCAUAAAAAAAAGUAAGGAACAAACAUCUGUUUCAUAAGUUUCAGCAAUGUACAGUGGAACUGUGAGAAGGGUAUCACCACCACAAAAUAUUAAACUGGUUACAGUUUCUUUGGAAAUGGAGGAUAACGCUCCGAAUAAAGAAUGUUUAUAUGCUAAAGGCUUAAGUGAAUUUGUUACUUGGCUCAAUGCUGAUAAGAAACCGCUUCACGAUGUGCUGGGUUUCAGAAAAGAGAUAAAUGGUUCCACCAUAGACAUUGCACUUCAAUGGUGCGUAGAUGGAUAUUCAAACAAAAUACUGGGAUAUGCCAAUGGCAUCCGCACCAUGGAUGGUGGAACACACAUAGAUGGUGUGAAAGCGUCAAUUACAAGAACUCUUAAUAGCCUUGUGAAGAAGUCGAUGCUUGUUGAGGAUAAGGAUAUUAUCUUGACUGAGGAGCAUGUUAUGGAAGGACUGACUUGCAUUGUCUCAGUCAUUGUUCCAAAACCUGAGUUUGAAGGUCAAACUCAGACAAGAUUACGAAAUCCAUAUGUCAGGGAAAUCGUUGACCAAUCAGUCCGGGAGUACUUAACGGAGUAUUUUGUAUUGCAUCCAGAUGUAUUCGAGAGCAUUAUCUCCAAAUCCAUCGCUUGCAAGACUGAUUUGGCUGUCAAGAGGGCAAGGGAUGUGUAUAGAUCAGAAAGUGUAGCAAUGGUGUGCACCAUUGAGUCCAUUCCUGAGAAACUGACCAACUGCCCUCCUGAAACAUCUGAGAUUUUUAGAGGCAGAGGAGAUUCUUCUAGUGGUGCUGCAAAACACGAAUCUGUCAGGUUUUUCAAGAACAAAUGGACACGGGAACAGCCUUGGAGUGAUGAUGCAGUCUCUACAGCUCCUGGAAAGUCUAUAGAGAAUACUAGUGAUUCAAGUUUUGAGAAGAAAAGCAAAAAACCGGAGUCCUCUGUUCCAUCCUCACAUCUCUGUUUUUCUUCACGACAACCUGCUGAUGAUUCAAACCCACCAAACCCUAAAAAUAUUAGCAACAAGACUCCCAAAGAUGUAACCCCCGGGUCCAACAAAACAAGACCAGUUAUCCCGAUCGGUCCGGGGUUCCAAGCUGAAAUUCCGGUUUGGAUUGCCCCUACCAAGAAGGGCAAAUUUUACGGUAGUCCUGGAGAUUCUGAUACUCUAAGAUGGCUGGGAACUGGUGUUUGGCCAACAUAUAGCCUAAAGAAGACAGUUCACUACAAAAAAGUCGGCGAAGGAAGAUCCGACUCUUGUUCUUGUGGUUCUCCAAAGUCAAUUAAUUGCAUAAAACGACACACUAAAGAAGCACGAGUGCUUUUGGAAAAGGAAAUUAACCGUGCUUUCUAUACAUGGAAAUUUGAUGAAAUGGGUGAAGAAGUUGGGUUAAAGUCGUGGACUGCCAAAGAAGAGCAAAGGUUCGAAGCUCUUGUAAAAAAGAAUCCUUUGUCAAGUAGUGAUGGAUUUUGGGAAUUUGCUUCCAAUGCCUUCCCAAGAAAAAGUGAGAAGGAUCUGCUCAGUUACUACUACAAUGUUUUCCUCAUCAAACGCAUGAGAUCGCGUGUUAAUUCUUCUGCUGCUAACCAUAUCGAUAGCGAUGAUGACCACUAUGACGAUUUCUUAGCAGGCUGAAGGCCUUGUUGAUAAUUGUAAGUCCGUAACCGUUGUGGAGUUUCUCGUGAUUUCAGGUAAUUCACUCUUUCGUUCUUCAUGUAACUCGCUUUACCGUGUUCUUGAUUCCAAGCGAUUCAAGAACUGGUAUCCCCUGAAGUUUGUCAUAGGA